GCUGGGGGGCGGGAAGUCGGAAAAGGAACGGUGCUCUCUGCUAUAGCCCUUCCUACUUCCAUCGCCGCCUGAACCAGCACUUGUCUUGCUGAAAGAGUUAAUAAUGGCAAAACAGCUACAGAAGACCCUCCACCUGCAAAGAAAAUUCGAAAAUGCCAGAAGAUGAAAAAGGAGCCUGUGGCUGGAGGAAAGGCUGAUAAUGACAGGAUGGAAGACAAGCAAGAGUCUGUGAAGACCUUGCUGUUAAAGGGCAAAGCUCCAGUGGACCCAGAGUGCACAGCCAAGGUGGGGAAGGCCCAUGUAUACUGUGAAGGAAAUGAUGUCUAUGAUGUCAUGCUAAAUCAGACCAAUCUCCAGUUCAACAACAACAAGUAUUAUCUGAUCCAGCUGUUAGAAGAGGAUGCACAGAGGAACUUCAGUGUUUGGAUGAGAUGGGGCCGAGUUGGGAAAAUGGGGCAGCACAGCUUGGUGGCUUGUUCUGGGGACCUCAACAAGGCCAAGGAAAUCUUUCAAAAGAAAUUCCUUGACAAAACAAAAAAUAAUUGGGAGGAUCGUGAGAAGUUUGAGAAGGUGCCUGGAAAAUAUGAUAUGCUACAAAUGGACUAUACCACCAAUACUCAGGGUGAAGAGGAAACAAAUAAAGGUGAAUCUCUCAAAUCCCCCUUGAAACCAGAGUCACAGCUAGAUCUUCGUGUACAGGAGCUGAUAAAGUUGAUCUGUAAUGUCCAGGCCAUGGAAGAGAUGAUGGUAGAAAUGAAAUAUGAUACCAAGAAAGCCCCACUUGGGAAGCUGACAGUGGCACAAAUCAAGGCAGGUUACCAGUCUCUUAAGAAGAUUGAGGAUUGUAUUCGGGCUGGCCAGCAUGGACGAGCUCUCGUGGAAGCAUGCAAUGAAUUCUACACCAGAAUCCCACAUGACUUUGGACUCCGUACGCCUCCAUUAAUCCGGACAGAGAAAGAACUGUCAGACAAAGUACAGCUACUAGAGGCUUUGGGAGACAUUGAAAUUGCCAUUAAACUGGUGAAGACAGAACUGCAAAGCCCAGAACACCCACUGGACCAACACUAUAGAAAACUACAUUGUGCUUUGCUCCCUUUAGACCAUGAGAGUUAUGAGUUCAAAGUGAUUUCCCAGUACCUACAGUCUACGCAUGCUCCCACACACAGUGACUAUACCAUGACCUUGCUGGAUGUUUUUGAAGUAGAGAAGGAGGGUGAGAAAGAAGCCUUCAGAGAGGACCUUCAUAACAGGAUGCUGCUAUGGCAUGGUUCCAGGCUGAGUAACUGGGUGGGAAUCCUGAGCCACGGGCUUCGAAUUGCCCCACCUGAGGCUCCCAUCACAGGUUACAUGUUUGGAAAAGGAAUCUACUUUGCUGACAUGUCUUCCAAGAGUGCCAAUUACUGCUUUGCCACUCGCCUAAAGGAUACUGGACUGCUGCUCCUGUCAGAGGUAGCUCUAGGUCAGUGUAAUGAGCUACUAGGGGCCAAUCCAGAGGCAGAAGGAUUACUUCAGGGCAAACACAGCACCAAGGGGCUAGGCAAGAUGGCUCCCAGUCCUAUGUGCGCCGUCACCUUGAAUGGAAGUACAGUACCCUUAGGACCAGCAAGUGACACGGGAAUUCUGAAUCCAGAAGGUUAUACCCUCAACUACAAUGAAUUUAUUGUCUAUAACCCCAACCAAGUCCAUAUGCGAUACCUUCUAAAGGUUCGAUUUAAUUUCCUGCAGCUCUGGUGAAUGUUGAUAUUAAACAAAGCAGAGAAAAUACGAUCUUCAAGCAAGAAAACAGGCAACAUUGUACUUUCGAUUUUCUCAUAUUUUCUGUAAUAAAGACAGUACAAAUCUUCCACUGGCUUCUUUGGGCUUUACUUCUGCAAGCACAUAUUUCUUCUGAUGUUAGUGUAUCUUUAUUUCCAGGACAGAAAAUGUAGCUUCUCUGCAUAUGCCACAGCUAGCUGCAGGUUACUCAGGAUCCUGUUCUGUGCCUUCACAGCAGAAUAGCCUCUGUGCAUUGAGGGAGACUAAUGGAGGUUAAUGUUUUUCCCCAUUUAAUACAGUUUUUCUGCACACUGGAGUUUGUUGGGUAGUAUAAUAGGAAGGGUAGAGGCAGCAAAGACUGAAUUGUUUCCCAUACAAAUCUUCUCACUUGCCUUUUUCCCCUGUUUACCACCUGCAGACCAGGUCUCCCACCACUUAGCAUCCUAGGUCUCAGCAGAUGUCCAAAAUUUUGGGUAGCACUUGGAGGACUGUCAAUAAGCCUAAAUAUAUCUUAGGGAGGAAGGGAGAGAAGGAGAAUGAUUUUGAUGUACCCCACUCCAUCUAAGAAGUACCAAAGUCUAAAACUGAUCCAGAGACUUCUUGACUAUUUGCAAACACAUGCAACACAGAUAAACACACACAUACAACAUACUUCCUUAGUAACAAUGAAGGUUAUUUAAAUGAAAACAGUAGCUUGUAACUUUUUAGAGACCAGAUUACCAAUAUCUAUCAAAAAUUUUAAAUGUACACACCCUUUGACCUAAAAAUUACAGAUGUACAUGUUUACAUAGAUGAUGUCACUGCAGAAUUGUUAUAUGCAAAAAAAACCAUAAAUAAGGAACUAGUUAAAUAUAUUCUCUCAUUGAAAUACUAUGCUGCUGUUAAAACUAGACUAUACAGUUCAAAAAAAUGUAAGAGAAGGGAAUACUUCCCAACUCAUUCUAUUAGGCAGUAUAAAACUAAACCCAGAUAAAGAUAUCACAAGAAAAUUAUACACCAAUAUCCUGUAAGAAUGUAGAUACAGGCACAGUGGUUAAUAAUCCGCCUGCCAAUGCAGGGGUCACAGGUUCAAGCCCUGGUCCAGGAAGAUCCCACAUGCCGCAGAGCAAUGAAGCCCGUGAGCCACAACUACUGAGCCCGUGUGCCACAACUACUGAAGC